GGAGGAGGAGGAGCAAGAGGAGGAGCAGCAGAAAGGAGGAGCCGGGCGGGGGCGCGGCCCCAUAAGAGGCUCCGCGGGCGGCCGGGCCCGCACCGCCGGGAGCGCCGCAGGAGGAGCUGGGCAGCGCCGCAGAUAAAGAUGUCUAAAAAAAUCCAUGGAGGCUCUGUUGUGGAGAUGCAAGGAGAUGAAAUGACACGGGUCAUCUGGGAACUAAUUAAAGAAAAGCUGAUAUUUCCUUAUGUAGAUCUGGAUUUGCACAGCUAUGACUUGGGCAUUGAGCAUCGUGAUGCUACAAAUGAUAAAGUGACUGUGGAAGCUGCUGAAGCCAUAAAGAAAUACCAUGUUGGCAUAAAGUGUGCAACAAUCACUCCUGAUGAGAAAAGAGUGGAGGAGUUCAAGUUGAAGCAGAUGUGGAAGUCUCCCAAUGGGACAAUUAGAAACAUCCUAGGUGGAACUGUCUUCAGGGAGGCUAUUAUCUGCAAGAACAUCCCUCGGUUGGUGUCUGGAUGGGUAAAACCCAUUGUCAUUGGCCGUCACGCUUAUGGGGAUCAAUACAGAGCAACAGAUUUUGUGGUACCUGGGCCUGGAAAAGUAGAGAUGACAUACACUCCAGUGGACGGAGGCAAACCAGUCACCUAUCUGGUCCAUAACUUUGAAAGUUGUGGUGGUGUAGCCAUGGGAAUGUACAAUCUUGACCAGUCUAUCAAGGACUUUGCCCACAGUUCCUUCCAAAUGGCACUGUCUAAAGGCUGGCCUCUCUACAUGAGCACUAAGAAUACCAUCCUGAAGAGAUAUGAUGGCCGCUUUAAAGACAUCUUCCAAGAGAUCUAUGAUAGAGAAUACAAGUCUCAGUUUGAAGCCAAGAAGAUCUGGUAUGAACAUAGGCUCAUUGACGAUAUGGUUGCUCAGGCCCUGAAAUCUGAAGGAGGCUUUGUCUGGGCCUGCAAGAACUAUGAUGGGGAUGUGCAGUCUGAUUCUGUUGCACAAGGCUAUGGUUCUCUGGGGAUGAUGACCAGCGUGCUGAUCUGCCCCGAUGGCAAGACUGUUGAAGCAGAAGCUGCUCACGGCACAGUUACUCGUCACUACCGCAUGCACCAGAAAGGCCAAGAAACUUCCACUAACCCCAUUGCCUCCAUCUUUGCAUGGACAAGAGGACUAGCUCACAGAGCUAAACUGGACAACAACACUAGCCUCAAGACCUUUGCAGCUGCCCUGGAAGAAGUGUGUAUCGAGACCAUUGAAUCAGGCUUCAUGACAAAAGACCUUGCUGCCUGUAUCAAAGGCCUACCUAAUGUCACACGUUCUGACUACCUGAACACCUUUGAAUUCAUGGACAAGCUUGCUGAAAACUUGAAGGGGAAGCUAGCUUCUCUGCCCAAACUCUAAGGCAUGGGUUCUACUCAAGCUCUGCUAACAAGGAAAUUCCCACAUAUACUGUGGUUUAAGUGACACUGCAUCACUAUUGUGUAACACUUCAAAUACUAGACAAAAAAAAGGUAAACUUUAAAUGUUUAAAAGAUACUGUUUUCUUAAACCCCUUUAGCUGCUAGGCUAGGCCUUAUUUUUUGCUAAGCAGCUGAAUGUGGUAGUAUUCAAGUUCAAUGUGGGACCUGAUUCCUUCUGUCAUUCAUAGCAGAAUUGAGGUUCUUCUCUGACUUUCUGUGAUUUUUAUUUUUUUUUUCCUCCUUUCCUCUCAGACUGAAAGCCAGUCUCUGUCACACCUCUGGUCAAACCAGCAGUGACUUACUGUCCAACAGACCUUAGAAACCAGAACCGUCCUUAUUGUUCCAGUAAUGUCCACUGAGUAUAAAUGAGCUCACAGGACUGUGACAGCUCCACUGCAGCCCCUCUCUUUCUUAAUGUAUUUUUUUAGUGCCAACUGGAGCACAGUAUCCUGAUUACAAGGUAUUUCUUAAGUCAGGACUAGCAUUUGAGAAGAAGCACUUAGUAAAUGCUGGAAACAAACCCUAUAGGCUAAGAGCCUAAUAAAACCAUGCUGCAGUGUCCUAAAUGCAGUACAUGCAUUGGUAUAUUCUGUCUGACUGGAUGUGAAACAUAGGAACUGUUCCCUCUUCCCUUCCCAUGUAAUUCGUAACGGUGAAAAACUUUUCUCCAGUUGUCUGGACUAUUGCUUAACUUCUUAUUGUGAUAUAGCAGGUCAGAUUAUGACUGUGAAGAACUAUUCCAUCCAUUUUUUUUUAAGAAUAUUUUAGUGCAGACUAAAAUAAAAGCCAAUUAACAUUC